UGCAGCUCAGUGUGAGAGGAGAGGAGAGCAGAGCAGAGCAGAGGAGCUGCAGUGCUGUGGGUUUGUCUGUCCUGUCCUGCUGACUCUCAGUAAAUAACAAGGCAGAAAAGUUUGGUCAAGUCCGAGUGCUCCAGCCUGAGAUUUAAGAAGAAGGUAUCAGGAACCUUUGGCAGUAAAACCAGAAAUUCAGUUAUGGAUCUUUAUUAUUGCCUUCUCAUAAUCUGACUCCACACCAGAUGAAAAUGGGAAACUGGAUCUCUCUUCAGACCAGUAUAUUUUCUGAUCUUCCUUUCUGGAAGUCUCUGCACAUUACAAUUUUGGGUCUGGACUCUGCAGGCAAAACCACCAUCCUGUACAGACUGCAGUUUAAUGAGUUUGUGAACACUGUGCCUACGAAAGGAUUUAAUGCAGAGAAGGUCAAGGUAGCUCUCGGCUGCCCAGGAACGGUGACCUUUCACUUUUGGGACGUCGGCGGUCAGGAAAAGCUGCGUCCACUCUGGAAGUCCUACACUCGCUGCACUGAUGGCAUUGUGUUUGUGGUCGACUCUGUGGAUGCUGAGCGGAUGGAUGAGGCCAAAACUGAACUUCACAAGCUUGCACGCUCGAUGGAGUGUCAAGGUGUCCCCAUGCUUAUUGUAGCAAAUAAGCAGGACCUGAGGAACUCUAUGACCCUGGCAGAAAUUGAGAAGAUGCUGGCACUGGGUGAACUUGGCGCCUCAACACCAUGGCACUUGCAGCCUUCGUGUGCUAUAAUUGGCGAUGGUUUGCUAGAAGGACUUGAAAGACUGUAUGACAUGAUCAUCAAACAGAGGAGGAGGCUAAAGCAGCAGAAAAAGAAGUGAUGGGGAAAUGUUCACAACUGAAAGCCAUAGAACUGGGUUUAUAUGGUGAUGCUGUGGGAUGACCCUCAUUUGGCCAUGACGUUUAUCAGCGGACUGAGUUUUAUCAGUUUCAUAGUCUAAUGGUUGUUAGUUAAAGCUCAUGGCUUAAAACUGAUCUCUUUAUGAGAUGAGUGGAGAAUGGAAUUAAUAAAAUACAGUGCAGGUUGAACGUUUAUUAUCGGAAAUGUGUUGAAGGAACAUGGAUGAAGGAAGUAUGAGUGUUAGGUGUGUGCUCGUCGUGAAAACAUUUCAGAUGAACGUAGGAUCAAGAACACUGGACAUCAACUGCUUCUAGGAUGAAACAUCAGCAAUUCAGGUGUGCUGAUUUAAUUUACUGUUUUUGUUUUUUCUUUCAAAGUGGGUCUAUAACACUGCAGCUCGUUUAUUUUCAUGUGUGGUUGGGAUUUUUUUUUUUGGGGGGGUGGUUGAGAAGAAACCUCUUCUUUUUCUCUAACUUUUGUAUUGUUUACAAGCACUUUAGAUGCCAUGCUUACUGUAUGUAAAUGUCUAUGAGAAUAUUUAGUGAAUAUUUUAUCAAGCUAAAUAAAUAAAUAUUCCUAUUCUAAAAAUAUCA